ACACAUUCUUAAUAAUUUCAUCCCAAAUUUAAUAACUCCUCUCUCUCUCUCUCUCUCUCUCUCUUUGUGCAAGCAAUAAACUGUAAUGGCAUCCCAAAAUCCAGAAAGUCAGUUCCAAGAUUUCUUACCGACCAUGGCCCACAAGCUCGGUGGGGACAGCCUGAUAGGUGAGCUGUGCAACGGCUUCGAUCUGUUGGUGGACGGCGACAAAGGGGUCAUCACCUUCGAUAGCCUCAAGAGGAACUCCGCUCUGCUGGGCCUGCACGACUUGAGAGAUGAAGAUCUGCUUUCCAUGUUACAGGAAGGCGAUUUCGACGGUGAUGGUGCCCUUAAUCAGAUGGAGUUUUGCGUCUUGAUGUUCAGAUUGAGCCCCGAGCUCAUGGAAGAGUCCUGCCUUUGUGUAGACGAAGCUGUAGAACAUGAAUUCCAACAUUGACCACUAAUUUAUUUUUUCUCCUUUUCUUUUUCCUUUUUUAAUGUGUAAAAAUUUUAACUCUUAUUAGGAUUCAAAUAAACUCUUUCUUUCACUUGUA